GAACAUAAUUGACAUAAGGAUAAAGGUGCAAACCAAAAUAUCAAUCCCCAAAAAAAAAAAAAAAAAACACCACCCACCAAACCAAAUGGAAGCUACCAACUCCUCCCAAAAUAUUCAACCCCUCCUACUACAACAACAACAACAACAACAGCAGCAGCAACAACCAUCACCUCCAAGUCCAAGUUCAAACACCAUCAAAACUCCACACAAACUAGCUCUAAUCCCACUUGUUUUCCUCAUCUACUUUGAGGUUGCCGGUGGCCCCUAUGGUGAAGAAGCCGCGGUAGGGGCGGCAGGGCCGCUCUUUGCUAUCCUUGGCUUCCUCAUCUUUCCAUUCAUAUGGAGCAUCCCAGAGGCUCUUGUCACUGCAGAGCUCGCCACCACCUUCCCUGGCAAUGGCGGCUUUGUCAUCUGGGCCCACCAGGCCUUUGGGCCUUUUUGGGGAUCCUUAAUGGGCUCAUGGAAGUUCUUUAGUGGGGUCAUAAACUUGGCCUCAUAUCCAGUUCUAUGCAUUGACUAUCUCAAGCUGGUAUUUCCAAUUUUCUCUACAGGCCUGCCUCGCUAUCUUGCUAUUUUUGUUUCAACUUUGGUGCUGUCUUUUUUGAAUUAUACUGGUCUUACUGUAGUAGGCUACACUGCAGUUACUCUAGGAGUAGUUUCACUUUUGCCAUUUGUAGUUAUGACUUUGGUUGCAAUUCCUAAGAUUGAGCCUAGUAGGUGGAUCAGUUUGGGUCAAGAGGGUGUGGAGAAAGACUGGACUUUGUUUUUCAAUACCCUUUUUUGGAACCUGAAUUUUUGGGACAAUGCUAGUACUUUAGCUGGUGAAGUGGAACAACCCCAGAAAAUAUUCCCAAAAGCAUUGUUUUCUGCAGGGCUGCUUACUUGUUUGGCUUACUUGAUUCCUCUCCUGGCUGCAAUUGGUGCUAUACCUCUAGAUCAAGAAGAUUGGGUUGAUGGGUAUUUUGCUGAUGCUGCAGAAAUCAUUGCUGGGAAAUGGUUGAAAGUCUGGAUUGAAAUUGGUGCAGUUUUAUCAGUUUUUGGACUAUAUGAAGCCCAAUUGAGCAGUUGUGCAUACCAACUUCUAGGAAUGUCAAAUUUAGGAUUUUUACCACAAAUUUUUGGGGUAAGAUCCAAAUGGUUUAAUACACCUUGGGUGGGAAUUUUGCUCUCAACAUUGAUUACACUUGCAGUUGCUUACAUGAGUUUUGUAGACAUAAUAUCUUCAGUGAAUUUCUUGUAUAGUUUAGGGAUGCUAUUGGAAUUUGCAUCUUUUCUUUGGUUGAGGAGGAAGUUGCCCACAUUGAAAAGGCCCUUUGUAGUUCCCAUGGGGUUACCUUGGCUGGUGGUUAUGUGCUUGAUUCCAUCUGGUUUUUUGCUCUAUGUAAUGUCAGUGGCUACAAAAACUGUCUAUUUGGUAGCUGCUCUGCUUACACUGGCUGGGAUUGCUUGGUACUUCUUGAUGAAUUUUUGCAAGUCCAAAAUGUGGCUUGGGUUCAACAAUGCUGGAGAAAAGUUGGAAGAUCAGGAUUUGGAAUAGGCUGAUAAUUACUGGCUGUGAGGAUCUUAAUAUAUUGUAUCUUUUUUUAUUUUGGCUAAGAAAGUUUUGUAAACACUGUUUGCAAAAGAAAUGGAUACUUUGAUUUUCUUUUUAGUUUCCAUAAAGGGUAACAAUUAUAAAACAAGUCAAUUUACAAAGGAAAUUU